AUGUCGUCCAUCGUCAAAGAGAUUGCCCUUGUCACCGGGGCGAACAGCGGUAUAGGUUUCGAGAUCGCUCACCAACUUCUCCUGAGGGGAAAAUACCAUGUUCUUCUCGGCUCUCGCUCUACCACCAAAGGGUCUGCCGCCCUUGAAGACCUACAAGCACGCAAGCUAUCGGGCAGCAUCGAGCUCGUGCAUCUCGACAUGCAGAACGACGACCACAUUGAGCAGACCACGAAGCUUAUCAAAGAAAAGCACGGCAGGCUUGACAUUCUGUUCAACAAUGCCGCAGUCGCCUUACCGGAAGGCUUGACAGAACGUGAACGCUUGGCUACAGCUUUCGACGUAAAUGCAACCGGGCCAUGGCUUCUUGCGAACGCGGUCGUUCCGUUGCUCAAAAAAAGUACGAACCCGCGGAUCAUCAACAUAUCCUCGGGUGCAGGGUCGAUCGGUCGCCGUCUCACCUCAGAAAGCCCAAUGUACAAGAUCCAGGCCGUUCCGUAUCGCGCUAGCAAGGUCGCUUUCAACAUGCUUAGUGCGUGCCUAUAUGUGGAGUACGGACUGGGAAUCGAGCAAGUAGACUUUACGGGUAUCAAGAAGAACAACGUCGAGGCCAAAGACGAGGAAAACAGUCCAAAAAUGAAGGUGUUUUGCUAUGACCCUGGCUUCACGGCCUCCAAUCUGGGCCCGCACAAUAAAGAAGAGUUUGGUGCGAGGAGUGCACAGGAGACGGUGAAGAGUAUCAUGGAACUUGUCGACGGGAAAAGAGACGAAGAGUGUGGCAAAUUUAUCCAUAACACCGGAGGAUACCCAUGGGCGCAGGGAAAACAAGGCGUUUUCUUCAUGAACCGCAUCGCACCGGGCACAUCGGAAUUGUACAUCGCCAAUGCGGAUGGAAGCGAUGAGCGCAAGCUAUUGGGAAAUAGCUCGGAUUUCGAUUACCAUGCGACCUUCUCCUCUGAUGGGCAGUGGAUAACCUUUACUACUGAACGCAACGGGGAUGGCAACUCGGAUGUAUAUCGCGUUCGACCUGACGGAUCAGAUUUAGAGAUGAUGACCGCAACACCGUCCAUGGAAGAUGCAGGGACGUUAUCGCCGGAUGGAAGCAAGAUCGCCUACGUUUCGACAGCCAAUGGUUACAAGGCCAACAUCUGGGUGAUGGAUCUUACCACACGCCAGACAACAAAGCUUACCGGAACCGAUCUUGUCAAGGGUGAUGAGAGCUUGCCAGAGAGCUAUUUACGUCCUUCUUGGUCACCAGAUGGUAGAUGGAUCGCUUUUUCUUCCGAUCGUAACACGCAAUGGCGCGGCCAUGGCAACGGUACUGGAUGGGAGCAUACCCAGGAGCUGUCACUCUAUGCUAUCCGUCCCGACGGUACCGGCUUCAAACAGCUCGCUACCAAAGAAAACUACUGUCUGGGAUCGCCCAAGUGGUCCCUGGAUGGUAAGCGUAUCAUAUACUACGAGAUAUACACGGAAGACACGUGGAAUGCGCACCGACCUGAGUCUUUACAGUCUGUCACUGGCCAACUCGUAUCCAUUGACUUUGACACUGGUCUUGAUCGUGUAGAACACACGAAAGGCUCUGGUCUUAAGAUGUUUCCACAAUGGAUUGGCAACAACACUAUUGCAUACCUAGUCAAGAAUACCGAUGAUGAGGGUCUGAACUACGUCGACAUCUCUGGUGAUAAUGGCACACUCAGUGCCUACAAGGCAUCGAUUCGCUCGCCAUCCUGGUCGCCUGAUGGCUCACAGGUCGUGUACGAGAAAGUCAAUUUCGAUGCAAUUCGUCCUAUGGGUAAGGAACUUUACAGCUGGGACGAUCAGUGGGAUUAUCGAUUCACCGAUGUUUUCCCCCAGCUUUCUAUACAGGGAAGACUUGCCAUCACGCAAAAGCAGCUUGGCAAUUCGAGCAUUAUCACCAUGUCCCCAGACGGUACCGAUUUCAAGCAGGUCUUCGAUGUUUUCUCUGCCAACAUGAGCGAAACCGCUAUAGCACAGGGUCUGUCUGGCGCCUUCCAGCCGUCAUGGACCUCAAGCGGCGAUUGGCUCGUCUUUGGAGUGGGAUCAUGGUUCCAGAGUCGCAGCACAGGCCCUGGCACCCUGUACCGCGCGGCUGCCAACGGUUCGUUCUCUGAACAAUUGACAGAUGGUUCUGUCAAUACUGGUUUCCCUAGCUACUCACCCGAUGGUCGCUACAUCGUUUAUCGCGUCUUUGGCGGCGAAUAUGGCCUACGCAUCAUGGAUCUAGAAGACCAGUCAACCAGCAUCCUUACAAAUGCCACUAGCGAUAAUUACGACAACUUGCCCUUUUGGUCACCAGAUGGCUCACGUAUCGUCUUCUCGCGCCGGGUCACCUACACGAACUUUGAUGUAUGUACCAUCAAGCCUGACGGAACUGGCCUUCAAGUCCUGACCUCUAGUCUGGGUAAUGAUGCACAUGCGGUUUGGACGCACGACGGCCGUAUCAUGUACUCUACAGCGCAAUAUGGAUUCCGAGAUGAGGCUGCGAUAUACGACGAUACAUUCCAACCAUACGGGCAGAUCAUGGUCAUGAAUGCUGAUGGCAGUAACAAGACGUUGCUAGUGGAUAGCAUGUGGGAAGACUCGAUGCCUUUGUAUGUUCCGAAUGAGUUCCUUGGCAUGUAG